UCAAAGGUGGAGCGGAAGGCUAAUGCAUGAAACCUGAGGCGCUGGCAUGAAGGCGAUAUGCUGCUUUCAGGGAGCUCCCUCUUUCUCCACCGCUCGUCUGUGCUGAAGGAUCUGGUUUCAGACACCUGCUGAAUGAGGCGCUGAGCGGCGUGCGCUGUGGCUCAACACCACAUCUGAGAGUUACUGUUCUGAAAAGAGAGGAGAAUGACUGAAAAAGCAAAUGGAAAUUAGAUUAGAUGGGAUUUCUGGGUCAUGGGCACAGAGCAGGAGACCAAGCAGACAAGCGGAGAAGAUGAUGAUGCAUCUCAAGAGGACACAGCUAGUAUUGCAGACGUGUCAGUGGAGGUGUCCACCGUGGACCACACUCUGCAGAAGCUGCGCAGGAUGUACCGGAAGACCAGACGGAAGCCCAAAGGCCUGAAGAGGCUGUGGGCCUACCUGCUGAACAUCCCACACAUUGCAGUCAUCGUGACCGCAGUGGUGUUUGUGGUGGUGACCGUCAUUUGGUCCCUACUGUGGGUUUUUAUUUUCCGCAGGGAAAGUUACAACGGAGCCUACUUUGCUGGGAUGUUCCGGGUUGCAAAUGUGGAGUUUAUCCCUGAGUACCGUCAGACAGAGUCCCAUGAGUUUGUGUCCAUGGCAACCAAAAUACAAGUUGUGGUGAGCAAUGUGUACAAGAUGUCAUCAGUGGCAAAACUUUACAAGCAGGCGGUCAUCUCAGACCUCAGUAAUAACGACCAAGGAGGGGUGCUGGUCCAUUUCUGGAUGGUGUUCAUAGUGCCCCAGCUAAAAAGCACAGCCAUGUGUGAGGAAUGUCUAGAGGCCAUUCUCAGAGACUCGGUCCACACCAGCCUGAAGAACCGGUCCUCUGUGGGAUACCUGAUGGGGCUCCCUGUUGACAUAGACUCCAUCCUCGUCAACGGUGUUGACCGCUCAGAUUAUACAUCCAACACAGCAGACUCUCAGUGUGUAGAUAAAUUAUAUGCCAACCUUCCUGGAGCCAGCGUCCCCCUGAAUGUCUACUCGCCGUGGGGGGGUGUGAACUGCCAUGUAAAGCUCACCUCCGUCCCCGGCUCUCUGAUCCGCCUGACUGUGACUUCUUUUGUAAUUGAGCCCACGGACUGUGUGAACGAUGCGCUGACUGUGUACGACGCUCUGCUGCCCAUGAGAGGGCGCAUCCUGCACAGGCUGUGUGAGUUGGUGUCCACUUCUUUCUCCAUUGUCUCGACCUCCAAUGUCAUGCUGUUGACCUUCAGAAUGACACAUGGAGACAAAAGCUUCAAAGGCCACUUUGAGGCCAUUGCUGAGGAAAAAUGUUUGUCUCACAUUGAGAUCCAGUCGGAGUCUGACAGCAACGGUCGGAUUUACAGCCCCUUCUACCCCAGCCUGCUGCCCCCACAGUGUUCAUGCAUCUGGAAAUUUCAGGCCCCAAACCCAAGUUUAGGAGUCGCACUGCAGUUCCACAACUAUGAGCUGAAACCCAAAGAGAUGAAGGGCUGUGACAGCGGCUGGUGGAAGGUCAAUGAACUCAUUUUCUGCGGCAGCUAUGUGGGACAUCAGACUGUGUUUCGGAUUCCUGACCAUGAUCCAGAGAUGGAGUUUCGUUGCAGCUCUCGCACCUCCACUCUGCCUUUCCAGGCUUUCUACAGCAGCUACAACGUCAGCCAGCCCUGUCCAGACAGCCACUUCCUGUGCACCACCGGGCUGUGCGUGGAAAAAACGCGUCUCUGCGACGGGCUGGACGACUGCGAGGAUGAGAGCGACGAGGUCUUCUGCUCCAGCUCCACGAUGAAUUGCGGUGCGAAGCAUCCUCCACACCCUUUGUUUGUGUGCAACGGAGAGCGAGACUGCAGGGAUGGAUCUGAUGAAGUGAACUGCACUCAGGAAACAACCUGCUCCGACAUCAGGUUUCAGUGCAGAAGUGGAUCCUGCAUUCUGAAGAAGAAUGCAAAGUGUGACAGUGUUAGUGACUGUAAGGAUGGAAGUGAUGAAGCAGACUGUGGUUGUGGUCGUCCCUCCCCACUGACGAGGGUGAAUUCAUCGUUAGGCUUCGGCCGUAUUGUGGGCGGAGUUAAUGCACUGGAAGGGGAGUGGCCUUGGCAGGUCAGCCUUCACUUUGCCGGCAACAUGUACUGCGGCGCCUCUGUGGUCUCUUCCAAGUGGCUCGUUUCAGCCGCUCACUGUUUCAGCAAAGACAGACUGUCUGACCCUCGAUACUGGAGCGCCCAUCUCGGCAUGCUGACCCAGGGCAGUGCCAGCUACGUGGCAGAGAUCCAGCGGAUCGUUCUGCACGAGUACUACAACCCAAACACCUUUGACUACGACAUUGCCCUUCUGCAGCUAAAGAAGCCCUGGCCUGCUUCCCUGAGCCCGCUGGUGCAGUCUGUGUGUGUGCCGCCCUCGUCCCACACAGUGACCGACAAUCACCGCUGCGUGGUUACAGGGUGGGGGUACAAAUCGGAGGAUGAUAAGGUGCUGCCCUCUGUGCUGCAGAAAGCAGAGGUCUCCAUAAUGAGUCAGACUGAGUGUAAAAAGACUUACGGCCUCAUCUCCCCACGCAUGCUUUGUGCCGGGGUCCCUUCAGGAGCGCGGGACGCCUGCAGGGGGGAUUCAGGAGGACCUUUGUCCUGUCAGGCGCCAGGUGGGGGUCGCUGGUUCCUGAUCGGGAUUGUCAGCUGGGGGUCCGGCUGUGGCAGACCAAACUUACCGGGGGUUUAUACACGGGUCACCAAGUUCACUUCUUGGAUCUACAGUCAUAUCAGCUGACAUGAAAUGGAUCAUCUUAUCUCUAAUAAAAACGUUAAAAUGUUUAAGCCUGUUUUGCAUUUAUUUUUGCUUCUGAACACUAGAUAAGUCAGAUGUUAUAUAAUACUGUAACCACUUGAUUGAAGCAGCUUUAAGCUGUUGUUCCUCCAAACACCUCAGUGAAGCUUACAAUAUCUGUGCAGGCUUUGCACCCUUUCAUAGUGGACUCAUUGUCCCCGCGCUGCAUUCAGGGGCUCUGUGUGACACCUGCCGUACAGUCCAGGUAAUCGGGAGGCGGUGAAAGCCCACCGCAUCCAAGCCGCUCAGCUCAGAUUUCUGCUCCCUUUUUCUUUUUUUAAAGAGGAGGCAACAGAAGGGAUUUCCUCUCUCCCCUUCGUUUCUAUGCCCCUGGUAUUGGUGCAUAUUGCCUCUGCAAACCUUACCGGGACAGUGCGAUGAGGACGCUCCCCAAAAGCAGAACUUGUGAGGUGUACUGCGUCUCGGAAACACAGGUAAGCCAUCACUGACGAGAUGUUCUAGCA